AUUACUGUGAGUGCUUAUCAAUAUGAAGACAUAGGGAUCUAAUUAUGAUGAGAUCUUUUCUUUGAUGCAGAUCCGUGUUGUACCUGUACUGCAGUGAGGUUUUAUGCCAGGUUAUUUUUGGGAUCCUUUUGCUGUUUUAUGUUCCUGGUUUGGAGCCCUACCCGGGUUAUACCCCUAUCCAAACAGAGACUGUUGAUGACACUGAGUACGAAGAGCUUCCUGGAGAGGAGCAGAUUUGUCCUGAGAAGCAUGUCAAUAUCAUUUCCAGGAUAUAUUUUGGCUGGAUGACUCCCCUAAUGCAGCAAGGCUAUAAAAGACCAAUCACUGAGAAGGAUGUGUGGAAACUUGAUACAUGGGAUAGGACUGAGACAUUGUAUAGCAACUUCCAAAGAUGCUGGCUUGAAGAAUCACAAAGGCCCAAACCGUGGCUGUUGAGAGCAUUACAUUGUAGCCUUGGGGGAAGGUUCUGGUUGGGAGGACUCUUCAAGAUUGGCAAUGAUCUUUCACAGUUUGUAGGGCCACUAGUUUUGAACCUCCUCUUACAGUCUAUGCAACGUGGAGAUCCAGCUUGGAUUGGAUACAUCUAUGCCUUUUCAAUUUUUGCCGGAGUGGCAUUGGGGGUGCUUUUUGAAGCGCAAUAUUUCCAGAAUGUCAUGCGCGUUGGUUUUCGCCUGAGGGCAACACUGGUUGCUGCUGUCUUUCGUAAAUCCUUACGACUAACACAUGAGAGUCGCAAGAAGUUUCUGUCAGGAAAAAUAACCAACCUGAUGACAACUGAUGCUGAGACACUUCAGCAAGUUUGCCAACAGCUUCAUAGUUUGUGGUCAGCUCCAUUUCGUAUAGUCAUUUCUCUGGUUCUUCUAUACAAGGAACUAGGUGUUGCCUCACUUUUAGGCGCACUGAUGCUUGUCCUACUGUUUCCCAUACAGACAUAUGUGAUCAGCAAAAUGCAGAAGCUAUCUAAGGAGGGCUUGCUACGCACAGACAAGAGAAUUAGCCUCAUGAAUGAAAUAUUACCUGCCAUGGACACUGUGAAAUGUUAUGCGUGGGAGCAGAGCUUCCAAUCUAAAGUCCAAGGUCUUCGGGACGAUGAACUUUCAUGGUUUCGGAAGGCACAAUUACUUGGAGCGUUUAAUAGCUUUCUACUAAACAGCAUUCCUGUUGUGGUCACGGUGGUUUCAUUUGGGAUGUUCACUUUGCUUGGAGGGGAUUUGACUCCUGCAAGGGCAUUUACAUCACUCUCACUGUUUGCAGUACUGCGGUUCCCCCUGUUCAUGCUUCCUAAUUUGAUAACUCAGGUUGUAAAUGCAAAUGUCUCAUUGAAACGUCUGGAGGAACUAUUCUUAGGUGAAGAAAGAAUUCUUAUGCCAAACCCUCCUCUUGAGCCAGGGCUUCCAGCCAUAACGAUCAGGAAUGGAUACUUUUCCUGGGAUUCUAAGGCAGAGAAGCCUACAUUAUCAAAUAUCAAUUUGGAUAUACCAGUUGGUAGCCUUGUGGCAGUUGUUGGCAGUACUGGGGAAGGAAAAACGUCAUUGAUAUCGGCAAUGCUUGGGGAGCUACCUCCUGUUUCAGAUGCUACUGCUGUGAUUAGGGGAACUGUUGCAUAUGUCUCACAAAUUUCAUGGAUUUUCAAUGCAACUGUACGUGACAAUAUAUUAUUUGGAUCUGUUUUUGAGAAAGCACGAUAUGAAAAGGCAAUAGAAGUGAGUGCACUUCAGCAUGACCUUGACUUACUACCAGGAGGUGAUCUCACAGAGAUUGGUGAAAGAGGGGUGAAUAUAAGUGGCGGGCAGAAGCAAAGAGUUUCCUUGGCUAGAGCUGUCUACUCCAAUUCAGAGGUUUACAUAUUUGAUGAUCCUUUAAGUGCUCUUGAUGCUCAUGUAGCUAGACAGGUUUUCGAUAAAUGUAUCAAGGAUGAACUGCGAGGAAAGACUAGAGUGCUUGUCACAAACCAGCUACACUUUCUCCCACAUGUUGACAGGAUUCUUCUGGUUCAUGAAGGCAUGGUGAAAGAGGAGGGAACCUUUGAGGAACUUACUAACAACGGGUUGUUGUUCCAAAAGCUAAUGGAAAAUGCAGGUAAAAUGGAAGAAAAUGUGGAAGAAAGUGUGGAAGAAAAAGAAGAAGCCAAAGACAAUGACGAAAAAAUCUCAGAACCUACUGCCAAUGGGAAAAUGAAUGGGAUGUUGAAAAUUGAAAGCGGUACAAAUAAAAGGAAAGAAGGAAAAUCUGUUCUUAUCAAGAAGGAGGAACGUGAAACUGGCGUAGUUAGUUGGAAUGUUCUAACAAGGUAUAAAAAUGCCUUAGGUGGUGCAUGGGUGGUUAUGAUACUCUUUUUCUGCUACGUAUCAACGGAAGCUCUUCGAGUUUCAAGUAGCACUUGGUUAAGUAUCUGGACAGAUCAAAGCUCCUCAAAUAGAUAUGGUUCUGGAUUCUACACUCUGGUUUAUGCACUUCUAUCUUUUGGCCAGGUACUAGUGACACUGGCAAACUCUUAUUGGUUGAUAUCUUCAAGUCUUUAUGCAGCAAAAAGGUUGCAUGAUGCCAUGCUUCAUUCUAUAUUAAGAGCUCCAAUGGUGUUCUUCCAAACCAACCCUAUUGGACGGAUUAUCAAUAGGUUUGCCAAGGAUCUAGGCGAUAUAGAUCGCAAUGUUGCUGUGUUUGGUAAUAUGUUUCUUGGUCAAGUGUCACAGCUCCUUUCAACUUUUGUCCUGAUAGGCAUAGUGAGCACCAUAUCCCUUUGGGGCAUACUGCCACUUCUGGUGUUGUUUUAUGCUGCCUAUCUAUAUUAUCAGAGCACAUCACGUGAAGUAAAACGUUUGGAUUCCAUAACUAGAUCUCCUGUAUAUGCACAAUUUGGGGAGGCAUUAAAUGGUCUACCAACAAUUCGUGCAUACAAAGCCUAUGAUCGGAUGGCCAACAUCAAUGGGAAAUCCAUGGAUAAUAAUGUCAGAUUCACCCUUGUGAAUAUGAGUUCGAACCGCUGGCUUGGAAUCAGAUUGGAAACAUUGGGAGGCCUUAUGAUCUGGUUUACCGCAACAUUUGCUGUUAUGCAGAACCAACGGGCAGAAAACCAGGUGGCAUUUGCAUCAACAAUGGGUCUUCUUCUUAGUUAUGCUUUAAAUAUCACAAACUUGUUAACUGCCGUCUUAAGACUUGCAAGUUUGGCUGAGAACAGUUUUAAUUCUGUUGAGCGGGUGGGCACAUAUAUAGAAUUGCCUCCCGAGGGUCCUGCUAUUAUUGAGAGUAAUCGCCCUCCACCUGGCUGGCCAUCAUCAGGAACCAUCAAGUUUGAGGAUGUUGUCCUACGCUACAGGCCUGAGCUUCCUCCUGUCCUCCAUGGUUUGUCUUUCAUGAUUUCUCCCAGUGAGAAAGUGGGGAUAGUUGGAAGGACUGGAGCUGGAAAAUCUAGCAUGCUCAAUGCUUUAUUUAGGAUAGUAGAACUGGAAAGGGGAAGGAUUAUGAUUGAUGAUUGUGAUAUUGCAAAUUUCGGUCUGACAGAUUUGCGUAAAGUUCUUGGGAUAAUACCACAAGCACCUGUCCUUUUCUCAGGUUUCUGAGGCUGGGGAAAAUUUCAGUGUUGGACAGAGGCAGCUGUUAAGUCUUGCUCGUGCUUUGCUGAGAAGAUCAAAGAUUCUUGUUCUUGAUGAAGCAACAGCAGCUGUUGAUGUUAGAACAGAUGCUCUUAUUCAGAAAACCAUUAGAGAUGAAUUUAAAUCAUGCACUAUGCUCGUAAUUGCUCAUCGACUAAACACAAUAAUUGAUUGUGACCGUGUUCUUCUACUUGAUGCUGGUCAGGUUCUAGAAUUUGAUUCCCCCGAGCAUCUCCUGCUAAAUGAAGGGAGUGCUUUCUCUAAGAUGGUCCAAAGUACUGGAGCUGCAAAUGCACAGUAUUUACGGGGUUUAGUUCUUGGGGAAGGGGAGAACAGGUCAGGCAAUUCAGAGAUGAUGCAGCAAGAAGGACAAAGGAGAUGGCUAGCUUCUUCACGGUGGGCUGCUGCUGCCCAGUUUGCACUUGCCAUGAGCCUGAGUUCGUCACAAAAUGAUCUCCAGCAGCUGCUGAUUGAAGAUGAAAAUAGCAUCAUCAGGAAAACCAAAGAUGCAGUCAUCACUCUGCAGGGUGUUUUAGAAGGGAAGCAUGACAAAGAUAUUGAUGAGUCCCUAAAUCAAUACCAAGUUCCUAGAGACAGAUGGUGGUCCGCACUCUACAAAAUGGUUGAAGGUCUUGCCAUGAUGAGUAGGUUGGCACGCAACAGGCUACAUCAAUCCGAGUAUGGUUUUGAAGAGAAAUCAAUCAAUUGGGACAGUAUUGAGAUGUAAUCACCCUAUAAAGAAAAAUAAAUGGUCGGGAAUAUAAAGGAAAACCAAAUUCAAUAUGCUUCGGUCAUCACUACUGAAGAGGAAGAGGGGAGCAUGUCCUCUGUGUCAACUGUGAUGAUGCUACUUUCUGGUGACUAAAUUGCAGGAUAUUGACCACAGGAAAGGAAGUGGCUGGUCCUGCGGAUGAGCUAUAGUGGAAUCCAAAAGGUUUAAUUAUUGUGUUAAUAUUUCCAGAUUUAGAUGGGUACAUCUGUCCUGCUCCAGUUUCACAGAUUGUCUGAGGCUGGUAUUAUUAAUCUAGUCUGUCAACAACUGUGUUAACAAAGUUCUCAGUAAUUGAUGGGAAAUAUUUAGGAGGCAAGUAGAUCUUAUAUUUAGCUGAUCUUAGUGUCACAGUCCACUUGAACUAAAAUUUGUUGUCAGAUACCUACUUGAUAUGCUGCCUGAAGUCUAACCAAGUUUGGUAUUCCUUUCUUAUGUUUCAAAUUAAAACUUGAAAGUUCAUUUUUUUGAACAGUUAUGCAGACAAAACCAAUGUGGAGGAACUAGAAUUCUACCAAAGUAGCAGUAAUUUCUUGUUGAUGAAUGUUAUCUAUUAUUUAAAGCAAAAUGAACUACUGGGCUUUUUUUUUCA